CACACAGGGACACAAUUUCAGUCUCUUUCUUUCUCCAUGCAAACACAUUUUCAAGCUCACACAUUUGCAGCCCGUUUAUUCUGCACACGCUCACAAACGACAAUGACUCCUUUACAGUUGGACUUAACCAUUUGUGUGUGAGUUUGUGCGUGUGCACACCGAGAGGUCAGAGGUCACUUAUAAUCAGAUUAUUCCACCCUUUCUGAUAUUUCGAGGCCUCUGCUUGGACCUGAGAUCUGCCUUACGUGAACUUUUUUGCCUAUUGAGUGCCCUCCGUGGAAGCACUGGGGUCACGACCUGGCCUUGAAACCGACGCUGACGAGCUGCAAAUAGCGGCCUCAGUUCACUCGAUGUCGGAUGUUGCGGUGUCCCUGGUGGGGAUUCGGCGCUUGCUUGCUCAAGGGCACGUCAUCACCUGAGGAAAAGGGAAUUCCACAAAGGAAGACGAAGAAGAUGGCAGCUUGUUCUUUGUUUCCUCUUUUGUUUGCAGCUUUGUGUCAUCGCCAUCUCCAUAUAAAAGACAAGACGUAGCCACCGUGAUGUCACCAGGUAGUUUGUUGGAGCGUUUUGUGCGCUGCCAUCAUGGUUUUUGAAACCAAGUGAGCUGUUGAUGUGAUGAUUUGAGGAGAGCUUAUUCUCGACUAAAUUUCCUAUAUUUUUUUAAAUUCAUUAGGAAAGCAUUAGCCGAGGUCAGACAUCGAGUUAGAAUCAGACUUCUACACAGUUAGACUUCUUUUUGCAACUAUGAACAGUCGCCCCCUGCUGAACCUCAGAGGGAAUGCAGGCUUAAGGGAUUUCCCCUCGCUUGCUGUCACAGGAUAGUCGGUCUUUCAUGUCCUCUGACGGCUUUACUUUCAGAUUAGAUGUGAAUAACUGAGGGUAAUGGCCUGCCGACUUAACUGACCAAUCAAUCAGCUACAUUAAAAUACUCUCUGUAGAUCAUUUGUCAAAUCAAAUCAAAUCACUUUUAUUGUCACAUCACAUGUGCAGGUACAUUGGUACAGCACAUGUGAGUGAAAUUCUUGUGUGCGAGCUUCACAAGCAACAGAGUUGUGCAUUUGUGGGACUAAAACCACAGAAAAUCUUGUUGCUGAGCCUGAAAAAGAUGAUCCACGAGAGUGAGGGUUUUCUUUAUUGAAUGCAGCACCUUCACCUGACUUUUCUUUUUACUUUCAGAGCAAAACGUGGCGACCACGCAGAACUAACUAGCUUCCUGUGCAACAAAGUCCACCUGAGUGUGUGUGAGUGAGUGUGUGUGUGCGCUUGUAUGUAUAUGUGUGCGUGAGGUCAUGUCGGGCAUGACGAGUGGCGUGUGUGUGGACAGUGACCUCUCCUCGAUGCUCCAGAGAAGCUCAGCCCCCUCGCACCAUCACCCAAAUCACCAUGGCUACGGUGGACAAGGACAGGUGUCGGGCCUGGCUCCCAUGCUGGACUACACUACAGAGAUGGAUCGUUACCGCUCCUCCAUCGCCAGUUUCUACAAGACCAACGUCAAUAUGAACAUGAACGUUACAAACUUCCCUCAGUCAGCCAAACUGGCCGCCCGCUUGGCCGCGGCCGCCCCCAUCUUCCCUCCCACUGCUGCCAGACUUGGGGCUAUGGCGACGACGCCCUGGGGUUGCCACGACAACAUGAACAUGAACAUGAACCACCCGGCGGCAAUGUUCUGGGGCCGACCUAAACCCGUGGCGGCCACGCCGACGCACCACCCCCACCACCAUCAUCACCCCUCUGCGACGCCGGGUCACAUGACCUCCUCGCACCCCCAUAGUACCAGCAUGCACCAGAGCAGCAGCAGUGGGUCGGGAGGGGGAGGAGGUGGUGGGAGCAGUGACGGUGGAGGGGCUGAGAAACACGGACACACUGCCUCACUUCCUGUUUCACAGGGAACGGCACACCAUCACGCCAUGGCAUCAAGCAACGGGAACUUCCUUCCUGGAUACAGUGGCGGAACAGACUGUGGCGUCAUGAACAAGCAGGGACACACCCACGCGGACAUGAUAGGCCUAUCAGAGGGUGGCAGCUGCAACGGAGGAGGGGUUAUGGGUGGCAGCUUCCUGGGGGGACUGGGACUACCUCCCGGGGUCAUUGUUAUGGCGAUGGGGUCAGCAGGGGGCGGGAUCUCAGAUGCUAGCAGCGCCUUUCAGAUGACAGGCGGCCAGCGGGCGCUAACAGACUGCCAGCAGCAUGCCAACUCCUCCCCCUGCCCCUCCUCCUCCUCGCCCCCAUCAUCAGGCGUGACAGCGGCGGCCGUUUCCCUGUCGUCAUCAUCAUCUUCAUCAUCCGGGACGGUGGCUAAAAGAAAGAGGAAGCGAUGUGGCGUGUGCGGGCCGUGCAGGCGGCUCAUCAACUGUGGCGUCUGCUCAUCGUGCCGCAACAGGAAGACGGGUCACCAGAUCUGCAAGUUCAGGAAGUGCGAGGAGCUGAAGAAGAAGCCGGGGGGAGGAGGGGGGGUGCUGGAGCGGCCUCCCUCUGUCCCAGCCAGUGAGGCAUUUCGUUGGUUCUUCUAGCCUUCCCUCCACCAACAGAACCAAAAUCUGGAGGCCUAGCAGGAAGUCACCAUCACACGGACUGCAAAAUCAGCAAAAGGACUACAACCUCUGGAACUGAAAUUGAUUCUCUGCGACAGGAUUACAAUUUCAUACUGUAUGGAUGACAGUUUGAGACUAUUCCCACCUCAGCUGGAACAGGGAGUAGCUAGACAGAAGGAGAGGAAGAGGGGGCAGUUUGGUCACAGGCAACCGGACUUGGCCAAUUGAUGUGGUGAUGCCAUAAUUGCAUGUUUUUCCCAAGAUUGUGUAAAGGUAAAUUUAUAAAUCAAUUCUUAAAAAGGCGCACACAGAAUGUCCAGACCGUAGCAAGCUAACUGGCUAGAACAGAUACUAGUCUGUAUUUGUACUGGCUAAACAAACUUGUUCCAGACCUCUAAAUUGUCUAUCACUUCUCCUGUUUGCUUUUCUUAACAAACAGUUCAGGCCUUGACUAUUGAAAGGAUAGGCCGCUAAGUAGCCACAUAAAAAUAAUCUAUAAAUUCUGUAACUCUAAUCUAUUACAUAAAAAAUUCGAAAAGCUCAGGUUGUUCCAUUGCAAGCUUGACUGGAUGAAUAUCGAAACAUUAACGGUUCUCUUAUGGCUUACUCAUAGAGUUGCAAUCAAUUCAAAGACUAGUGCUGGAACAAAGCUGCCACUAUGUCUAUGUCUGUAGCUAGGCUGUUCUUAAAAUUACAUGAAAUUGUAUCAAAACGACAUCUUUGAGGGUAUAUGAAAUCUGACAUCUACUGGUGAAAAUGCAAGAGUAUUGCCCUGUAUCUCUACUUUUAGCAGUUAUUUGUGUCAAGAUCUAAUCCACUUUUUAUGGACUGAUUUUUAGACUUUCUUUCAUUGGGUCUCAGCCUUAUAGGUAGGGUAAGGAUCUCGGAUGCUGCUCUUUUGCAUCAAAAGCAGCCAGCUGUGGUGGUUUGAGCAUCUAAUUAGAGAUUCCCUCUGAGUACUGUCCUUUGGAAGGUUCCAGUACAAUCCAAGCUCGAAGGAGCCAUGCAGAUUGUAGAUCCCAUUUCAGCCAAGAGAAAACUGGGAACUCCCACGGGUAACUGAAAAAUGUUGCAGACAUUGGGAGAAUAAUACCCUGCAUAGUUUGCUAUCAAUGCAACCUGACCCCGAAAAACAGAAAAUAGAGGCAUGGCAUCAAAGAUCAAUAAGCCAACAGCAGAGAGAGUGUUCUGUACCUGCUUUCAACAGUAAAUGUUAGAUUUGGGAAAUUGGGCUUCUUUGUAAGCUUGACCAGAUGUUUUGGCCAGAUGUUCCGGUCACGUGAUUGCUCUGGCAAAAGCGGGUGGUGUUAUCAAUAAGGUAGAUUAUCCAUUUCAGAUCCCAGUAUGGACCUCAACAUGAAGUUUACCUUAGCCUGGUGUACCUCAUGUAGCCUUGAUUUAAAAAUGUCUGAAAAUAAAAGAAGAAAAAGGAAGGAAAAAGGCAAUCAAAGCAGUGUUUUUGUAAGUUCCAGAACAGUCUUGACAAUCUCAUUCACAUAAACAUGUAUUAAUUACAUAGAAAUCAUUUUAAGUGCCAACAUUGUGACCGUUUUAUCCAUUUCCUCUCAUGUGUUAUGUAGCUUUUCUGUAAAGGUCCAUCAAGUCACAAAGCCCAAAGUCCACACCAAAGGAAGGUAGUCUCUCCCAGAAGAAGAAAAGCCCAGUUUGUAGCAUAGGAUUUCCUGUUGUUACUUAUAAACAUCAUUCUGAAAUAACAAUAUAUGCCAGUUUGGUCCUGUUAAACUAAUGACAAUGGAUUACUCUCACUGUAAUCCCCUUGACACUAGGAAAAUCAUGUAGCUAACAUUACCUCACCUCUGACUGGCCACCCACAGGAAAGAGCUUUCUGGAAAUAAUCUUCAGUAAAUAUAAGAAAUUAUACAAACUUUAGUACCAAAUGUAAACCAGUAAACAGAUUUCAUGAAAUUCAUCAAUCUUGCUGACAAACAUAUUUUGCUAAGAGAAAAGUAUUAUGUUAAUAGUAACAUUAUUGCAAGGACGCUUUGUGUACUGUGCAAUGUAGCAACUUUUUUUUUCUUUUUCCAUAACACUUAUAUUACCAGGAAGUAAAACAAUUGAGAUGAAACAUCUCUUUCUGGCUUCCUGGAUUUUGUGAGAGUGUCCUUAUCCUAAACAGGGAGCAUAAGUCUAGCCUGGUUUUCAGUUAUGGCAAUUAUGACAAAACCAUAGUUCUCAGAGAAAAGCUGUUCAAACAUGGGGAGAACAUGCAACAGGGCUUACCACUGAAGCAUCGUGCUGACGUGCUUUUAUAGAAGACUGUUCUUGUUCUGGGUCAAGGUCCAAACUCCUUAAUCUGGAUUUCUUUUAUGAAUAACAUAUCUUUAACGUAUGUAAGCGGUGUUCACAUAAACAUCCAAGACAUUACCAGUGAAAAGCUGAUUGUCUGAAAGCUCGAAGUAAAUAGAAAAAAUAACUAUACCUGAUUAAAUUGGCUACUCUUCCUUUCAGGGUGUUCAAAUUCAUGUGCAGCCCAACAUGGCUUAGGUUGCAUAGUGGAAGUCAUCCUCUAACCCCUCAGGACCCUGCCUCGGGAUGUUGGAGCAGAACUCUGCAUUGGCAGCCUGACACCUGAGAGUGAACUCAGGGUGCACAACACACAGUUUGCCAUAAUAUCAACUAGCAUGGUAGUAGAACUCCUGAUCUGACCUUUGAGCUUCAAUUCUUCCACAUUCUGCUCUCUCACAGUUGCACUUUUUGAUUUUAGUACAUAAAGUAUAAUUUUGGUCAGCUGUAGUCUUGCUGUCUUGAGAUGUCCGAUAAUGUGAACAGAAGCCGUAUAUAUGGUAUAUAGUUUGUGAUCAUGGCACAGAUUAUGUAUGUUUGUGUACAGCCUUCACAAUCUGUGAUAAAACUGUCACCUGCUUCCUCUUCUUCCUCCUCCUAGCAAACCACAAACCCCAUUGUAGCCAAACCAGGAAGAUUCAGGACUUAACCACAGAAACAAUUACAGUCUGACCAAAACCGGAUGACACGUUAACCUCAAAGGGAAAAAAAAUCACCACAGAGAGGAUACAAACUGACCUCAGCAGGACGUGAUUCAGGACUGUUAUUAAGGACUACAACUUCACCACAGUAGGACUACCACAUCACUGUUAUCUGUCUCUUCUGUCUACCUCCUCCUCAAGAACAUUAAAGGCACCUUGAUUGAUUCUUAUUGGGCUCUGUUCAUGUUGGUACGGCAUGAUCUGCUUCUUAACUCUCUAGAUGGUCCGGAGCUGAUCUGCCUCUUGUGGAAUCUGGUGUUUAGAUUUUGUAUUUGCAAGUGUACUCUGCUGUCUAAAUGAGUCGUGAAAUGUCUGAAUUUAUUUUAUUUGUCUAGAUUUAAUGGAAAGUUCUCAGGGUGCAGUCACACUUCUGGUUUAUAUGAACUACAGUAGACUGAACACAAAACUCACUUUGUUGCAUUUUUUUUUUACAUUUGAUUAAAAGGUGGCAGUUGAAGGUUUGAAAUUCCUGUCUUCACUAAAAGCUUAAAAUGGCAAGAUGCAUUUUUAGAGAAGUAUGGAUCAGAAAAUCUGCUCUCAAGUUACACCUCCAGUCCUGAAUAUUCAGAUCUCUAAAGUUCAUAUCUAUGAGACCCCUGCCAGGACCUCCAAGAGAGUUCAGAACCAGUUUCUCUGUACUUGUAUCUGGGCAUAUUGUACCACACAUGGUGACCAGUAGGAUCCAGAACAGAAGAACUCACCUGCAGUUUAUUUGUGGCACAGAGACUCACCCUUGGAUCAUCUGGAGAGCUCUGAGGUUCUGAGUAUAACUCUGGGACUAAAAGGAACUGAACUGAACUAAAAGAUCAAAUCAGAACAUUCCACACACACAGAAAAAAAUAAUGUUAUUUCCAACACGUCUGUAGGCCAUUGAUGAGGCCCUAUGAGACUUUGUGCACAAAAACCUUUAUUACUGUUAACAAUAAUUUGUCUUAUAAAAUGAUUGGACGGCAGAAUCCACAGCCUUCUUAAAGUCUUAUUUUGAAAUAUUAUCUUCACGAAUGUUGAGCAAUCUGCCAUCAGCAGACCUUUGAUAUGCUAUAUGGAUGAAAGUACUGGGCCAACCACACAUUAGGAGCUGCUUGACCAUGGAAACCCAUGCCAUGAAGCUUCUGGUGACGUAUUUUGCUGAUGCUAGAGGCCUACUCUUUGUAAUGUUUAAAAUGUUUGUAGAGGGACGCUGCAUGGCUAAGUGCUUGAUUUUAUACACCUGUGGCAAUGGAACUGAAAAAAAACCUGAAUUUACUGAUUAGGAAGUGUGGCCCAGCACUUUUGUCCAUAUGGUGUAUCUGGAAACAGUCAAGAAUGUUAGCCAUUUCACAUGUUUUCUGGGUUGGAUCACAUAACAUUUAGAAGAUUUUCAUUAUAACACACUCUUGUUACUUUAUCACUUAUCCACUCAGUAGAUAAGUGAUUUGUAACUAAGAAAGGAGAACAUUAACUCCUGAAAUACAUAAAUGUGAUUCCAGCCAGACAUUAUAAAAAGGUGGAUGUAGAUACUGUAAUGCCAUCCACUGGUUUUUGAAAUCCUGGGAAAAUUAUUUCUAAAUCCCCAGUCACGCUUGUCUACAAAUGGUUCAGUGACCUGAUGGCAACCUUAUGGUUAGCAAAAACUUCCUUGUGAUUGCUUUGGUCACUGGCAGAUUGCAGUGGUCAUAAUUUGGAUGAAUGUGACAGACUUGUCUACAAACAGUAGUCAGUUACCGUCCAAGCUACAGUUAAACUGAAAAGAAGAAUGCAAACUGGAACUGGAUACUAUUUGCCUUCAUGAAACCGAACUUUUACUAUAGAGGCAAACAUUCUCCCUUUCUGGUUUGCUUCAAUCUUUUUCAAGUUUUACUACCCUAGCAGCCUAGCAGUUAGCAAGUAUUUGCAAACAAACAUGAAAAACUUUAGUCAACUGUGGAAUUUGGUAGCAACCAAAUUUAACAUCAGGAGGUUUUUGGUAGUGGACCUUUUUUUUUGCAACAGAUUACACCCAGUUUGCAGCAGAAACAUUGAGGAACCACUACCAACUAGUUGGGAAAAACAAAUUUCCUUAGCUACCAAUACAGCAAAAUUGGUUGUAUCACAUCCAACACUGCAGACAACUCUCGAGCAAAGUGUGCAUAACAUCACAUAAGAAACGUCAACGGGACCGUAAGUCUUUCUGCAACCCUAGCUACCACCAUCUAGUGGCUUUCAGAUAAAUUGCAGUGUUUAGGUACUUGGGCAUUGACUUCAUUUUUCCAACCUGAAAAUACAUCCGUGUUUUAUACUAUGGUCCUGUGUAGCUGAUCAGUACUUCGACAAAGUGGUCUUUAGGUGAAACACAAAUACUGAACUAUAUUUUCUAACACUAUAUUUGUUGAAUUUUGACCAGAAAGAAGAAAUAACACAAGACAAAAAAUAGUAACCACAACCUGAUCCUUUUGUUCCACAGACAGCAAGCCCAAAAAUUCAGAUUUAAUAAAGAAAAUCUUUAUUAAUUUUUAAUUAUUUCAAAGAGCACAUAUUUGUGUUAAUUUGUUGCAAAUAAUCUGACAUCAUCAGCAUAUAGCCAUGUAGCUUUAUGCUCAAUGCAUCCUCCUAUUAUUCCAUAAAGAUAUGAGUGUGAUGCCAUCAUGAUUGCUUGCUCUGACAUGUUGACAAAUCUGUACCUGACAAAUAUGGCGACAGCUUCUUGUAAUAGAAACUGGCAGUAAAAUAUUUUAAAUGUUUUAUUUGGACGUUCACGUCCAUAACAGACUGCACCACUAGUAGGUCAGAAUUUCAACUUCAAAGAAAAUGUCUUGAUAAUUACUGGAUGAUUUGGUGUUAAAUUUGUACAAAGAUUCAGGUUUCCCGCUGAAUGAUUCCUAUUAGUUUGUUUGUGGCUGGUUUCAGUUACUACCAUCAGUGUGUUGAAGUUUCUGCACCUGCCGACGUGAUGGAAAUACAGAUUACUUUUAUUUUGACGUAAGCCUAAUUUAUUUUUGGAGGAAAAUGUUCCAUUGCCUCAUUGUCGGAAUCAAACAUCCCCUUUUUCUCAGGUUGGCUGAGGUGUCGAAGGUGUUGAGGGGGGGUUUGAGAGAGGAAGGGGGCGUUUGUUUUGUAUGUGUGUCCUCCUCCUCAUGUAUUCUGUCUCUGUGACCUCCUCAUGUGCUGAAUUAUAAUAAAGCAUUUCAAAGAUUA